AUGGUGCGCCGGGCCUCGCCGUUCGAGCGCCCUGCCAUCGGCGGCAACGCCAGCUUCGAUCUCCUAACCUCCAUGGACACGUCCAACGGUAGCCGCAGCGUACGCCACCAAACGGACCGUACCUUGGUGCUCGAGCAGACGUGCCAUACCGUCCACCCUGACGAAUUCUCGAUGAACUACCUUUUGAUUGGCAAUACGCUGGACGAUAAUUAUCACGGCGGUCAGCCACCUUCUACUCUUACCCACCAGAUUGCGGCGGUUGGUCUCGUGCUAUACUCGUUUAUCAUGGAGGUGUGA